CAUAAAUUUUUAUUUUUAAUAAAUAUAAAUUUUAUAUAUUUAAUAUAAAAUUUUUAUAAGAAUUUUAAAUAAAAUUAGUGUUUCAUAUAUAUAAAGUUUAUAAAUUCCAAUAUAUUUAAAAUUAAAAACGAAGUUAUAAAAGAACGAUUUUAAAAUUAUAUAUAUUGUGAAGACAAAAAAACUAUCAAAAUGUUUUUACGCUUCAAAAUUUCAACGUUGGUAUCGAAAAGAAUAUCAUAUUCAAAGAUAAGAAAAUUUACAUCAAAAUCUGAUUAUGCUAUAGGAUAUAACUUCGAAUUAAAUGAUAUGCAAAGAGAAAUACAAGAAUUAGCACGCAAAUUUACAAAAGAAGAAAUUAUUCCAAUUGCUGCAGAAUAUGAUAAAAGUGGAAAAUAUCCAUGGGAUAUUAUUAAAAAAGCAUGGAGUUUAGGCUUAUUGCAUAAGCAUAUUCCUAAAUAUUGUGGAGGUAUGGGAUUUAAUAGUUUUGACGGUUGUUUAGUCGUAGAGGAAUUAGCUUAUGGUUGUACAGGAAUAUUGACUGCAUUAGAUGCAACAGAAUUAGCUGAAACUCCCAUAAUUGCAUUUGGAAAUAAAGAACAGCAUAAAAAGUAUCUUGGUAGACUUCUUGAAGAGCCACUUGUUGCUGCAUAUUGUGUUACUGAACCUGGAGCUGGAUCAGAUGUAGCAAAUAUUAAAACAAAAGCUGAAAAAAAAGAUGAAUGGAUCAUUAAUGGAACAAAAAUGUGGAUAACAAAUGGAGGUGUUGCCAAUUGGUAUUUUUUAUUAGCAAGAACAAAUCCUGAUCCAAAAGCUCCUGUUAAUAAAGCUUUCACAGCUUUUAUUGUUGAACGCGAAAGUGAAGGUUUAACACCUGGUCGAAAAGAGAUAAAUAUGGGUCAAAGAGCUUCCGAUACUCGAAUGAUAACGUUCGAAGACGUUCGUGUCCCAGAAGAAAAUGUUUUGGGCAAAGAAGGAGAAGGAUUUAAGAUUGCUAUGAAAACUUUUGAUAGCACCAGGCCAUCGGUAGCAGCUGGAUCAGUCGGUUUAGCUCAAAGAGCUUUAGAUGAAGCUCUGAAAUAUGCAACCGAACGUAAAGCGUUUAAUACGAUAAUAGCAGGACAUCAAGCCAUAGCAUUUAUGCUUGCAGAUAUGUCGAUUGGUAUCGAAACUGCUAGACUUGCAUGGAUGAAAGCAGCUUGGGCUUCUGACCAUCAACUUCCAACAACUACAUAUCUUGCCAGUAUUGCAAAAUGUUAUGGUGGUGAUAUAGCUAAUAAAUGUGCAACAGAUGCUGUCCAAAUUUUUGGUGGUGCUGGAUUUAAUACCGAAUAUCCUGUAGAAAAAUUAAUGCGAGAUGCAAAGAUUUAUCAAAUAUAUGAAGGUACUGCGCAAAUUCAAAGACUUAUAAUCUCACGUUAUUUAAUUAAUCAAAAGAGAAUAUAAUUUUUUCAAU